AUGGCUCCAAAAGACCUCAGCACCGAGUUCUUCUCCGUCACGACUCCAGCACCAUACAUCGCCGUAGUCGAAAUCAACCGGGCCAAGAAACUCAACUCCUUCACGGCCCAAAUGUUCACCGCCCUCGGCAAGAUCUUCUCUGCCCUCUCCGUCGACCCCGACGUGCGCUGCAUCGUCCUCACCGGGGCCGGAGACCGCGCCUUCACGGCCGGAUUAGACGUGACAGCCGCCGGCCCCAUCGGCGGCGACAACCAGGACGAAGACGUAGCCCGCAAAGCAUGGAAUCUACGCCGCCACAUCAAGGAAAUCCAAGUCCCCAUCUCGGAGAUUGAAAACUGCGACAAACCCGUCAUCUGCGUCCUGCACGGCAUCGCCUACGGCGCCGCGAUUGACAUUGCCACGUGUUGCGAUAUCCGCAUCUGUACGACAGAUGUGCGAUUAUCGGUGCGGGAGGUGGCGAUUGGAUUGGCGGCGGAUGUGGGUACUCUGACGAGGUUACCGCGUUGUCAGGUUCCGAUGAGUUGGAUCAAGGAUAUCUGUUUGACGGCGAGGGAAUUCGGGUCGCAGGAGGCUCUGACGGCGGGGUUCGUGAGUGGGGUGUUUGAGGGCAAGGCGAAGGCUUUGGAGAGGGCGAUGCAGUUGGCCGGGGAGAUUGCCUCGAAGAGUCCGGUUGCGGUGCAGGGGACCAAGGCUGUGAUCAAUUAUUCGAGGGAUCACAGCGUUAGUGAUGGUAAGUCUGAGUCUCCCGCAUUUGGCAGAUGGGACGUGAUGCUAAUUGAUUUUGUGCAGGGUUGGACUACAUCAGUGUGUGGAACUCAGCGAUGCUCCAAACGAGAGACGUCAAGGAUGCACUGCUCUCUGGGAUACAAAAGCGAACGCCGACUUUCGAGAAGUUGUGA